AUGACCGCCCUGGAAAAAAUGCAGAACAACUGCCGGUUGUGUCUGGAUCCGAACGUAAACAGUGGCCCAUCUUCGUCGGCAUUCCCGUUCGUUCCGAUCAAGGCGAGUCCCCUGCACGAUAAGCUGACCAGUGUGUUCAACUUCACUUUGGACGAAGUGGACCAGCUACCGAAAAAUGUAUGCCACCAGUGUUGCACGACCGUCGGAGACUUCCACCAGUAUUCAGAAAAGGUACGACAAAAUCAGUCCUACUUGCGGAUGCUGGUGGAGGAAGGCGACGAAAUGAAGCACGACCCGGACGAGUGGGCAUCUGGUGAGAGCAAAGGUGAACUGAUUCCCCCGGAGCUGGUUAAGGUCGAGCCGGGACUGGAGAACGAUGACGAUGGAGGAGGUUGGGAAGAUGGAGGAAAUAAUCUGGAUGAGGAUGAAGAAGAAGAAGAGGAGGAGGAGGAGGAGGAUGAUGGUGGAGGUGGUCGCGAAAGUGGAGACGACGAUAGCGAUGAAGAUGACGAUUGGAAACCGGGAGAACGGUCCGAUAACGAUGAAGACAAGCCAUUGAGUGAUCUGGUUCAGAGGACAAAGCGGAAAUAUACCCGGAGAUCUCCACAGAAAACGAAGAAGGUGAGGAAAGAAGGCGGCCACGAUCCUUCAAAGGAGUAUAGGAACAAACCAAAGGAGGAGAUCGAAAAGGAAGAUCGGAAAAUCCUAGAAUAUUUCAAAUUUAUUUGCGAACUGUGCCAGGCAGCGACUGAAACGUUUAUUGAGCUGAGAAAGCAUUUCCGGGAUCAGCACGGUCAGAGGGGCUAUCACCGUUGUUGCAAUAAGAAGCUGUUCAAGCGAUGUCACUUGUUAGAACAUAUCCAGGUUCAUCUGAAUCCGAAUCUCUACGGCUGUGAUCUGUGUUCGAAGAGCUUCAGUUCGAAAGAGUACCUCCAGCUUCAUAAGAUGCAAUCGCACGCCACGAAAGUGGAGCGACCGUUCAAAUGCGACAAAUGUCCGAAGAGUUUCAUCCAAAAGGGACAACUCUCGUCGCACAUGGGUCGUCAUCAGCUGUAUCAAUGCACCAAAUGCGAUAAAGUUCUCGCGGGGAAGGGGUCACUGAGUGCCCACAUGGUCAAUAUGCACAGCGACGAGGGCCGGCACAUUUGCGAUACCUGUGGGCGGGAGUUCAAGACGAAACCCUGCUUCGACAAGCACGUCCGGAAGCACAUGGGCCUACAGGAGGACACCAGCAUCGAGUGCCAUGUGUGCCAUAUGGUGCUGCACAACAAGGCCACCCUCAAGAAGCACAUGAUCGCCAAGCACACCCAGACGGACGAGGUGUUCAUUUGCAACACGUGCGGCAAGCAAGCGCCGAACAAGUUCGCCCUGGAAUCUCACAAGCGGAAGGUGCACUGCGAGGAAAAGUACCGGUGCGAAUUUUGCGACAAACGGUUCAAGAAUCCGGUCACGCUGCGGGAGCACCGGGCGUCGCAUACCGGGGAGAUUCUCUACACGUGUCCGUUCUGUGCGACGACGUUCAACUCGAAGGCGAACAUGUACGCCCACCGGAAGAAGGUGCAUCCGUACGAGUGGGCGCAGGAGAAGAUGAGCAAAGGUCAGCCCCAGCUGCAGUCCCAGCAGCAGCAGCUGGAACAGGAACCAGAACAACAGCAACAGCAUCAAUAGUGAUCGUGGAGAUAAG